GACCGGAAACCCAAUACCCUUCUUUCUAAGCCAGCCGGUCAACACCAUUAUUACUAUUUAAUUAAACAAUCAUCGAUUCGCAUACGCGGGCGGAUACAUUUUAUAGGGAGCAAAGUAGGAAUCUGAUAGCUCCGCAAUUUCUCAAAUUUCUUCUGAGAUUUGGAAUUGUGAUCUCCCUCCCCAAUGGCGUCUUCCACGAUAAUGCGACUGUUUUUGCUCUGCGUCGGUUUCGUUUCUUCGAUUCAGACCGUAUUAUCAUCUUCCCCCUCGUCUAUUUGUCGGUUUCAAUCGAGGCCGGCGUUUCUGAAUCAUCUCCGUUCUCAAUGCCCUCUCUCGGUUUCUCUCCACCCGCCUCUUGAGGUCAGUGGGGAAUUCAUUGAAAGGUUGUUGGCAUCCACAGAUCAGGAUGUGUACACUUCAGUCUUGUUUUAUGCUUCCUGGUGCCCAUUCUCAAAAAGUUUCCUUUCUGUAUUUGAAGACCUGAAGUACAUGUAUCCUCAAAUUGAACAUGUGGCAGUUGAACAGUCUUCAGCAACGCCUAGAUUGCUUUCAAGAUAUGGCAUUCAUAGCUUUCCAGCAAUACUAAUGGUGAACCAAACAUUAAGGGUGCGAUUUCAUGGUUCUAAAGAUUUGACCCCUCUCAUAAUGUUCUACAGGAAAACCACUGGGCAUGUGCCAGUUCACUUUAUUGGCAUGAAUCGAUCUGGCAGCUCGAGAAAUGAUGGGAAUCCCACCAUGGGACCAAAUAUCUGGCCGUCACUGAAUGAUAAGUUAGUACAAGAUCCUUACUUGGUAUUUGCUAUGGCAUUCCUCUGCUUACGGGCAAUUCUUUUUGUAUGCCUGAGAGUCUGGCAUCAGGUCAAAGCUCUGUGUGUGAGGUUCGAACCUCAUUUAAACUUGGGAAUUAUCGGUGAGAAUAGCCAAAUUCUUGGGCGAAUUCUUCAUAUGCUCAAUGUGAAGAUGAUUUGGACUAGGCUAAGAUUGUGCAAAAAUAGGAACUUCCACCACAGCGCAACAAAUGCUCGACUCUGGGCAUCAUCUUUUCCUUCUGUCUCCCUGGGUGAAUCAUCAACUUCCAGAUAAAUACAACUGUGCAAUUGGCUCAAAUAGGACGACAAUGGGUGACACAACAGUGUUGCUGAACUUCAUGAUGCGCUAGAAUCAAUUCCACACCCAGUCAAAGUAAGAGAAAAUUGAGUCUCCAUGCGCCAAGUCAGUCAUGCUGUCCAGGUGAUUACCGAUUCCGGAUACAAGCUUCUCUCCCUUGUUCUUGAUCAGAGGUUAGGUCUUUUAUCAAAUAACUGUUGGGUAUGGUAUAAAAGCAUACAGGACAGCCUUGAAGAAUCAUCUAAAUGUUUACAUCCUGUAGAUUACAUUACAUAUAGAACCAAAUGAUAUGGUUGGCAGAUGAGGAAAUGAGAAGCCUGUUGUGUAUACUUGUGACACCUUUGCAAAUCCAGCUUGUACUAGCAAUUCAAUGAAGUAAUCCUAAUCCUAAUGUUUGUAAAUUUACAGAAAAAUAGACUUCUGAAACAUCAUCUAUGCAUCAUCUUAUUAGUAGUUUUAAGUUUUA